AUGAAUAUUCUGUUUUGGAACUGUCAAAGAAUUGUGAAUAGAAGAACUAGACAUGCUCUGAAGAUGUUAAUUCAAAAGCAUCGCAUCAAUCUGGUUGUUCUCAGUGAGACUCAUUGCACUAAGGAACAACAUCAGUCUCUUCGACGAUCUAUUGGGCUUCCUCAUAUUGCUCACUUUGACUGUGUGGAGAGAGCAGGGGGUCUCGCUUUACUCUGGGAUGACUCCAUCUCGGUUAGGGUUCAAGAUGUGGAGCGGUAUUAUGUUGAUGCCUAUAUCCAAGCUCCUAACGAGGUGGAGUGGCGUUUCACUGGGUUUUAUGGACAUCCUGAGACUGGACAAUGUCACUUGUCGGGGAAUCUGUUACGAUCUUUAGCCCGGAAUCCAGGGGAUCUUUGGGUAGUUGCUGGUGAUUUCAAUGAAAUAUUGGAGUUAGGAGAGAAGUCAGGAGGUAGGGUGCGUAGUCAAGGGCAGAUGCAGGCGUUUCAGGAUGCCCUCUCGGAUUGUAACCUGAAGGAUAUGGGUUCUACUAGAGGAUUGUACACGUGGUCUGAUUCGAACACGAAGGAGAGGCUCGACAGGGGCACCUGUACCCCAACCUGGUUAUCGGAAUUUGGUUUUUCACGUGUGGUUAAUCUCCAUCCUAGUAGGUCGGACCACAUACCCCUUCUCUUGGAGGUUCGUAAGGAACAAAUGUGUCAUGAAAAACUCCGAUGUCAAUUCCGGUUUGAAGAGAUGUGGUGUGCUCAUGGAGGCUUCUCGGCCAAGGUGGAGGAGGCUUGGAGUACUCCUUAUGGUGGGGAACCCAUGCUCUAUUAA